AUGAUGCAAUUUUUUGGUACUAUCGUAACUAAAGAAGAACCAGUAAAUCUUGAAUUAGAUGAAGGUGAUAUUUUCCAUUUAACUAAAGCUAUUAUUCAUCCAAAAUCUCAAGGUAAAGGUAAAGUUUAUUUAACUGCAGUUAUUAGUUUAAUGGAAGAAGAUGAAAUGGAAGAAGAUGAUGUUGAUGAUGAAGAAGAAUCACCAAGAGAAGAUAUAGUUGAAAUUCCAAUUGGUAUUUUAGAAGCUGGUAAAAUUGAUCAAAUCGAUCUCAAUUUACAUUAUAAUUUUGGACAAAUCGUUAGAUUUGAACUCCAAGCUGAAAAUGGUGCUGGUUAUGUUGUUGCUCUUUCUGGUUCAGUUAUCACCAUGGAACAAGGUGGUUGUGAUGAUGAAGAUUGUGAUGAUGAACACUGCAUCAAUCAUGAAGAUGAUGAAGAAAUCGAUAGUGAUGAAGAGUUCGGUGACUCUGAUCAAGAUGAAGAAGAUUCCGAUGAUGAAGAAAUCCCACAAUUAAUUGCACCAGCCACUAAAAAAGGUAAAAUCACAGAAAUCUCAGAAGUCCCAGAAUCAAAGAAAGAAAAAACUCCAGAACCAAAGAAAGUUCCAGAACCAAAGAAAGAACAAGUUAAACAACCAACCCAACCACAACAAAAGAAAGCUGCUGCUCAACAACCAGAAAAAGCCAACAAUAAACCAGCCGCUGCUUCACCAGCUAAACCACAAAACAAUCAAUCUAAAAAUGCACCAAAACAACCACAACAACAACAACAAUCACCAGCCAAAAAUAAUAACAACAAAAGACCACAAAACCAAAACGAAAACAACAAAAAGAAACAAAAAAACUAA